CCGCGUCUCUUAACUGCUGCUGUACGUACUCUAUCUAUGUACUGUGUCUACUUGUCUACUACCACCGCCUGCCCCAUGUACAUGGGUGCACACUUGGUUCUGCCCAACUCCGUUCUCCGUUGGCAUUUCUGUAUCCAACUAUCGACUAUCCAUGCAACAGCAACAAAAUACCUUUUCUUCUCUUCUCUUCUCUUUUCUAUUCUCCUCCUCUCUUCUCUUUACCCUGGCCCCCCCUGCCUCCCCCCUGCCUCGCCCCUGCCUUGCCCCUGCCGUCGCCGCCACCACCACCAUCGACAUCUCCACCCCCAUUGAUCUCUUCAACACCACCCAACCUCACAUUGCUUCUGCCAUCCACUACCCACCACAUACAUACUCAUCAUCAUCAUCAUCAUCAUCAUCAUCACCAUCAUCUUCUUCUUCUUCCUCCGCCUGCAGCCCAGCCCAGCCCAGUCUAGCCCUGCUGUGCCCGCCGCGCAUCCAUUGACCCAUUGCUUGCUUUUUCCUCCAUCCAUUUCUUGGGCCACCAACCCGCCGCCAGUCGGAGAAUGCCCGCCUGCAGCUCUGCAGCACCCAAUCCCUAGCUCCCUCCUUCGUGAAUGAACUCCGAACCUGAUCAGCGUCCACCAUGCCAGCCUUCGGAAAUAGCGACAGAGCCCGCGACCACUCCACGUCUCGUUCGCCCUCUCGUCCCACCACCCCGUCGACAUAUAGGGCCUCCGCUGCCAUGCGCCCCCUCGACACCCACCUGCGAACCCCCGAGACAUUCUUCCACGACGCCACCCCGGUAGACCACUCCUCUUCCUCCCCCUCCGCACCCGCCGCCGCCCCCAGGGAUCGCGACUUUGUGCGCCUUUCUCACGACCUGUCCUUCGCCGACGGCACCAGGGACUCCGUCGUGGACAACAUGCUCAUGUCGCUCGACCAAUUCUCUCACCACCCUGCACCGCUCAACAACCCAUCAUCUUCCAAGUUUGCCGACGACCUCUUUUCAUCAACAGAUCACAACCCCUCCUACCUCCCCAGACCCCCCCGUCAGCGCGGCCAUACCUAUGCCUCCUCCCAUUCUUCCGACUACGAUCUGCGCCUCGACGAUACCGCCUCGCGCUACUCUGACCUCCUCUCGCGGUCGCGGAGAAGCAACAGCGAUCACAACAUUCCCAGCCUGCCCUCGCGCCGCACGAGCCUAAGAGGUGGAAUUGGCCCACCUCACGCUGGUCACAGUCGCAGCGGUGCGAAAAAGAGCAGCAGAGGGAGCAAUUCUUCUAGCAUGGACAUUGGCCACGGCAUGGUUAUCGGUACCCAUCGUUUGGGGUUUGGGCACGCCAUCAGUUUCGACCGCGGUACCAAACCCUCCAGGUCCUCGCCUGUGAAACCCGAAGAGAUCUUGGAUCGAAGUAAAUCAGACCGAAACGUUCCCCUCUACCACGACUAUCACAGCGACUUUGAUGCAGCCCCAGAGCCCACCAUACCUGCUGGUCCUAGGAGACAUCAAGAAAUGGCUGCUCCUGCUCCACCCCAAUCGCCCGUCCCGCAUACCGCUCAGCCAUCGUACCCGCCUCCGCAGGCCCCUGUGCCGAGGCGGAAGGGUAGCAUACGGUCCACCACCAGCUACAAGACGCUGCGAAAGAAGAAGAGCCAGCCCGAGCCUAGCAUGUGGCACCAGGCGCAGGAAUUCGUCAAUGCGAGCAAUCUUCGGGACCUACCGCCCCUCCCUACUUUUCAGGAUCCUCCGGCCCCGUCCCCGACGGUGGCCACCCGCAAGCAAGCCAACGCGCCACCUCCCGCUCCCCCACAAAAGGAAAAGCAGCCUGGCUUUUUUCGUCGCGUCUUUGGUGGCGGUCUACCUAAAUCGUCCUCUCAACCAUCCGGCUCCUCUAUGACCUCAUCCAGCUCUCGCUCUCGUGUCGAAGCCUCUCCAGUUCCGUCGCCCCAUCGUCCAGCCGAGAUCGAUCCCCUAUAUUCACAAGCACGGCCGCGCACCACGCCCAACAGCGGCUCCCACCACAUUGCUUCCCAGCUGAAACCGCAAACUGCAAAAAGCCCUCAGUCGGCAAUUUCCAUGCAGGAUUUGCAGCAGCAGCAGCCCCCGACGCUUGCAAAGAAGUCUUCUUCAUUCUUCCGACGGCGGAAGAAGUCCGUCACCGAACCCCCCAAAGUGCCCGUCAUGCCCCUCGAUUUCCAGACUCAAAACAAGCCCGAAAUGCUUCCAUCGUACUUUGCACAGGACAGCCCUGGCGUCAGUAGUCUGCGAACCGUUAUGAACCCAUAUCUAAACGGCGCGGAUGCGAAUUCACAAAGACAGUACGAGACUCGCGAGCGACGCCCUUCGGCUGGAAUGACCAACGGAGGGGAACGUUCAGGCGGCUUUUCCCCCGGGUACAAGCCGCACAAGGAUGCGACGGUUCGCUCAGUGACCCAGAGCUCACAUCACCACGAUGGAACCCCACCUUCUUCGAGAAGCAACCAAGUCAAGGCGCCGGAGGCCAGUGCUGACAACCCCAAAUUCAAACUCAAGAUGAAGCGGGGUCAUGUAUCGGUUGCACAAGAAGACACAUUUUUGGCGGACAGCAGCAGCUGUAAUGAGGACCGCAGUGGUCGUGUCACGCCAUCUGGUGACACGGCGUUUGACGGCUCUGGUGAAACAGGGCGAAACGAGAGUCCAGCGUCACCACCAUCGGUGCCGCGCCAUGCGAGAGGCGACAGAAGCAAGAGCAGAAGCAGAAGCAGAAGCCAUCAGGACCGGGAAAGGGGCGAGCUGCGCGCCGAUCUCCUUAGCCCGCAGCCCAGCGACGCCAGAGCAGCGCCAUCCCCAUCGCCGUCCCAGUCCGCCUCCGAGAUCGAAGAAGAUCAUUGGGUCUUGGACGCUUCCCCGAAAAACGACAAGGUGUUCAACCAGCCGUCAACGAGCAGCCGCUCCAAACGUGUGUGGCUGGAACCCACAUCCUCGGAAGAAAACCUGGCUCACAGUGCUCCCGAAGACCUGACGCUGUCCGUGGAAGGUGCCCGCCCGCCGGGCCUUCAUCAGCAACCGUCGUCGGAGCGGGGCUCACCCACCGCCUUGGUCACGACCCCUUCUGUCCAGUCUGAAGGUGCCAGCGACAUCUUCCACUCGGCUACCAGCCUGCCUACGCUCCAGGUGGACGGCCGCGAGACUGACGACCACAUGCCUUCGAUCACCGAACUCCGAGCUCCCCACGAUCAACCCUCCGAUGCAGACCGAGCCCGCGCCCUGAGCAUCUUCAACGGCAAUGACCCCUCGAUCCCCAAGGCCCAGGCAGCCACCGUGUUGGGCGACGUUACUCCGUCCAGCAACCAGCUCCGCAAAGCAUUCAUGCAGCUGUUCGAUUGGUCCGCCUUGAACAUACUCGAUGCCAUGAGGGAUCUUUGCGGCAAAAUUGUGCUCAAAGCAGAGACGCAGCAGGUCGACCGUAUUCUUAUGAGUCUGUCCGAGCGAUGGUGCGAAUGCAACCCCAGCCAUGGUUUCAAGGCUGUCGACGUUGUGCACACCAUCUGCUACUCUGUUCUUCUGCUAAACACUGAUCUUCACGUGGCAGACAUAGACUCACGCAUGACCCGUAGCCAGUUCGUCAAGAACACCCUCCCCACAGUUGUUCGUGUGUGCAACGAUGCAGUCCGGGAUGCAGCCGCUGAAGAGACUCUUCGUCCCCAGUCCACCCAGUUCAAGAGGGGUUCUAUCCCCUGGGCCGAAAAGUCGGAACCUGGCUCUCCCGAUGCUGAGGAGACGACGUUCCCCACCGAAGUCACCGAGGAGCCGUUCGAAAACCGAAGGGCCCGCAGCCGUCUUUCUCUCCGACCCCCGUUUCGCAGUGGCUCUGAAGGUAUCUUAGGAGAAUCGGCGCUUUCCGAAGCCAAUCUUUUAAUCCACGCCCCAUAUCAUGGUUCUAUGAAGGGUUGGGAGUCUUUGCUAGAGACCGUGUUGAGAGAGUUCUAUGAUUCCAUUCGGAAGAAGCGUCUGCCCCUGCACGGUGCUCCAGUCCUGCAGGUGCACGAACAGCCCUCGUCCAACAGCCUUUCCGUCAGCGGCAUGCUUCGACGCACUCCCAGUGUGCUGAGCAAGGCCGGCUCCGAGAGCACCAAUCACCGUGGCCGAUCUCAAAACGACUUUCGCAGUGCAGGCAAGAGCUGGAACUCAAAAACUCGAUCUCGCCCGCGAUUGUAUCCUUCCUCGACUGUCGCCUCGAGCCGCACAAGCCUGGAUGACCAGUCUGUCUGGAGUCCCACUGGAUCCAGCACUUGGAGCAGGUAUUCGUACGGAAAAACAGGAACGUCCAUGUCCAUGGAAUCGCUUGGAUCCCAUUUCGCCAAGGGCGACUACCAGCAGGCAAUUGGAUUUGCCAACGCCUUGAGUCAGGCCAUCAUCCGUGAAGAAGGCAUGACAAUUGCUAGUGACGAGGAGUUUUCGCGCGUCGCACCACUCUUGGAGGAUGAGACACUCGAGCUCGUUGGCGCACCCUGGGCCAAGGAAGGCAUCCUGAAGCACAAACACCACCUAGAAGCCCUGGACAAGAAAGCCAAGGAUAGAACAUGGAACGAAUGUUUUGCUGUCAUCGAAAAGGGAUAUUUCCGUUUGUUUUCCUUCAGCGCGAACUCGAAAUCUAUGCGCCACAAGAACAAAUCCCGCACAGGUGGCGUCGUGGGUGGCGGCAACUGGAUGGAUAACGCCGAAGCCUUGGACAGCUUCCAACUGCGACAGACAAUUGCCAGUGCGCUGCCGCCGCCCGGCUACUCCAAAACUCGGCCCCAUGUUUUUGCACUUUCUCUCCCAACGGGGGCCGUUCACCUUUUCCAGGUCGGCACGCCUGACAUUGUACGCGAGUUUGUGUCCACCGCGAACUAUUGGUCGGCAAGACUGUCAAAAGAACCUCUGAUGGGCGGCGUCAGCAAUCUUGAGCACGGUUGGGGAGACGGUGUCAUCAACACUGCUCUGAUCCGCCCCGAGAGCAAAUCCUCCACGUAUGCCCAAGGUCAUGUACCUCGACCUAGUAUGGCUAGCUCACUGCGUAGUUCGAUGGACCAUGGACCUGGCACGGUUCGAGCUCGUCUACCCGGCGACAAGGUCAAUCUUUCCGACUGGAGUCCGCCUGUACAGAGUAUGAUGGCGAGUAACCUGAUGGAAGUCGAUCAACUUCGAGCCCUUACCGACUACGUUAAGAAUGUGGAAGAGGAGCUAUCCCUUCACAACGAACUCCGAGCUCCCAUGCUCAUUGCUUUCUCACCGCGCCACCCAAACGCAGCCAAAGCCAUGGCCAACUGGGAACGCAAGUCCUCUUAUUUAUUACGCGAGAUAGUAAAGUUCCGGACCUACAUCGACUCCCUUGCCGCAGCGCAAACGCACAAAGAUAAGAUCUAUGCCGAGCGUGAAAUGCUGGAGGAAGAGCAUACCAUUGUGGACGAUAGUGCUGGGCAUUCAUCCUUGACUAGAGAUGACGAUGGUGCGAGUGGCCUGACAGCUUCCAAGCCCAUCCUGGCCUAAAUCUUCCCCCCGAUCUUCUUCGCAUACACUGACGAUUUUUUUAUAUUUUCUAUUUUGUCCCUUUACAGGUCUCACACCCCUUCCGCGCACGAUGCGGCGAUUGAAAAAUCUGCAUUCAUCUCGAUCUAGGUUGCGUGGGAGUUGGAGGAGGCCGUAGCAUUUUUGCAUCGAUUAUACCCCCCACUACAUCUCGUUGGACCAUUACGUGCUUCCUAUCACACUUCACACGUCGACGAUGCGCCCGUUUCUUUUCAUUCAUGCAUGGCUUUUUUCCAUCAACCAUGUCGUCUUGUCCUUUCGGUUUUCCAGCGUUCCAGCAUUUGAUUUGAUAUGACGAUAAUGCGGACUUUUCUUCUUACCCUUAUCUCUUUUUGUUCUUCCUCUUUACCUUUUUUUCUGGUUAGGCGACGGUGGGACAAGAUAUUGCUGACAGGCAUGUGCAUCUUUGUCUUCUCUUAUGGUAUACGUUCUUGCUUGCUCAGGCUUUUCAAUGUUGUUCAUCUCACUCGGCAAAGCCCAAACGUCAAUUUUAGAUCUGGAGGGCUCUGUUCCGACCCUGAUGAAGAAGGGAAACCAUGGAAACAAGUAGUGGAGGGAAAACAUCGGUGGAUAUACGCUCCCUGCAUCUCCUACUCUUCCCGCUCCUUUGCGCACAAGAAGUUGAAGAUCAAAAGAAUAGUCCGCCUCUGCCUGAAGAAUAGCAAGAUCCAAUACGAAAGAGCAAGCUGGUUUUAUAGCACGUCUUAUUUCGUUCCACUGCUUCCACCCUUUGUUUCUCAGUCCCCG